GCAGUCACAUGAUCGCCUGUGUCACCUGACUGCUACAGUCCACCCUGUGUCAUCUGUCGGCAGCUAUGCUAGACGCUUUGAUUGCACGAGUUCAUAGAAAAUCCAUUCAUUCCGAUGUUAAUGUUGUUGCCUAAAGCUUUUAUAUUUUACACACGUCUCCUCGUUUAGACGCAGGCGGUGAGAGUCAAUACGUUAGGUGCAAGCUAACACGAGGAAGCUGUGCUAGCUAGCUAGCUAGCUGUUUAGCCAUGUCGUCGUGUUGACUCUUCGACAGGUGUCAUAUCGGGGGAAAUUAAUAACAGGUUUUGAGAAAAGAGUCACUUUAACCAUGGCUUCGAUUCUUGACGACUACGAGGACUCGCAGAUCACCAGACAAAGUGCGCAGCAGCGCAGCCGCCUGUCGGGUGCCAAUAUCGGGAUAACACAUUCAGGUUUCGUGAAUGUGAGACUUGAGGAAGAGAAGCCCAUAUUCAACAAGCAGAGGAUCGACUUUACACCGCCCGAAAAGAUAAACCAUCUCGCAGUGUGCAACAAUCAGCUGUGCAUGAGUCUGGGAAAGGACACCCUGCUGAGGAUUGACCUGGCCAAACCAGAUCAGCCCAAUCAGAUUGAAUUAGGAAGAAAAGAUGACAGUAAAGUGUAUCGACUGUUCCUGGAUCCCACAGGCUCCCAUCUGCUGAUUAGCCUGAGCACCAGUGAAUGUCUGUAUCUGAACAGGAACACCCAGAAGGUGCGCAGUCUGUCCCGUUGGAGAGGCCAUCUCAUCGAGAGCGUGGGCUGGAACAAGUUGCUGGGCAAUGAGACCAGCACGGGACCAAUACUGGUUGGUACCAGUCAAGGCAUCAUCUUUGAAGCUGAGAUCUCUGCAAAUGAGGGCAGCCUGUUCAACACCAAUCCAGACCAGUAUUUCAGACAGGUUCACUCCCUGGAGGAAGACGGGAGGCCAGCACCAGUUUGCUGCCUGGAGGUGGAACGUAACCUGGAGAACAAGUACUUCAUCAUUGCCACCACUCGCAAACGCCUGUUCCAGUUCGUGGGUAAAGUGGCUGAUGGGUCAGAGCAGCAAGGCUUUAGUUCCAUCUUUAACCAGAACCAGGACUUGCUGCCCAGUUUCCAGGAGUUUCCAGUAGACAUGGGCUAUAGUGAGAUCACAUUCUACACAUCAAAGCUGCGUAACUCGCCUAAGGCUUUUGCAUGGAUGAUGGGUAAUGGAGUCCUUUACGGCCAGCUGGACUAUGUCAGGCCCGAUUCUUUGCUGAGUGAUGUGCAGGUAUGGGAAUACAGCCCCGACAUUGACCUCAGUGUUAAGAAGCCCAUCUCUAUUGUGCUGACACAGUUUCACUUCCUGCUACUACUGAACGACCGAGUUAAGGCCAUCUGCACCCUGAAUGGACAGGAAGUUUAUGAGGAUGUAUUCCCAGACAAAUUUGGCACCCUAAUGAAGAUGAUCAAAGAUCCUGUUGGCGGCUUGGUGUGGAUCUACACUGAGCGGGCUGUGUUCCGUUACCACAUCCAGCGUGAGGCCAGGGACGUCUGGCAGAUGUACAUGAGCAUGAAUAAGUUCGACCUGGCCAAGGAGUACUGCCGCGAUCGACCUGAGUGCAUGGACAUGGUUCUGGACAAGGAGGCUGAGCACUGCUUCCAGAAUAAGCGAUAUCUGGAAAGCGCCAAGUGCUACGCGCUGACGCAGAACUACUUUGAGGAGAUCGCACUUAAGUUCAUUGAAGCCAAACAGGAGGAAGCCCUGAAGGUGUUCUUGCUGAAGAAACUCAACAACUUGAAGCCCAGUGAAAGGACACAGAUUACUCUGCUCGUCACCUGGCUAACUGAGCUCUACCUGAACCGCCUCGGUCAGCUGGAGAGCGAUGGUAACAGCAUCAUCUUUCAGGAGACCCGCGAUGAGUUCCGUCAAUUCCUUAACAGCUCCAAGCAUAAAGAAUGCCUGUUCAACAACCGCAGCACCAUCUACGACCUGCUGGCCAGCCACGGCAAUGUGGAUGACAUGGUCUACUUUUCAGUCGUCAUGCAGGACUAUGAGAGGGUGAUCUCGCACUACUGCCAACAUGAUGACUACAGUGCAGCUCUGGAGGUGCUCUCCAAGCACUGUGAUCAAAAGCUUUUCUACAAGUUCUCCCCUGUCCUCAUGCAGCACAUUCCCAAAAAAGUGGUGGACGCGUGGAUUCAGAUGGGCAAGAGGCUGGACCCAAAAAAGCUCAUUCCAGCUCUGAUGAACUACAGUCAGAUGGGGAGCUCCCAGCAAAUCAACGAAACCGUCCGCUACAUGGAGUUCUGUGUGUAUGAGCUCAGUGUCACAGAGGAGGCAAUCCAUAACUACCUGCUGUCGCUCUAUGCUAAGUAUAAGCCAGAUUCUCUGCUUAUGUAUCUGGAGCAGGCGGGCACACACGCCACCCAGAUCCACUACGAUCUGAAGUACGCUCUCAGGUUGUGCGCAGAACAUGGCUAUCUUCGUGCCUGUGUCCUAGUGUAUAGGAUCAUGGAAUUGUACGAGGAGGCAGUGGAUCUUGCUUUACAAGUUGAUGUAGACUUGGCCAAAUCAUGUGCAGACCUGCCUGAGGAUGAUGAGGAGCUGAGGAAGAAGCUUUGGCUGAAGAUUGCCCGUCACGUGGUGCAGGAGGAGAAGGACGUGAAGAAAGCCAUGAACUGUCUGUCCAGCUGCAACCUGCUCAAGAUCGAAGACAUCCUGCCCUUCUUCCCAGACUUUGUCACUAUUGACCACUUUAAGGAGGCUAUCUGCAACUCUCUGGAAGAGUACAACCAGCACAUUGAAGAGCUGAAGCAGGAAAUGGAGGAGGCUACUGAAAGUGCUAAACGUAUCAGAGAAGACAUUCAGGAAAUGAGGAACAAAUAUGGAGUAGUCGACUCCCAAGAAAAGUGUGCCGCAUGUGACUUUCCCCUACUUAACAGGCCCUUUUAUUUGUUUCUGUGUGGCCAUAUGUUCCACUAUGACUGUCUGUUUCAGGAGGUGACGCCUCACUUGCCAACCUAUAAGCAAACUCGUCUGGAGGACUUGCAGAAAAAGCUGGCAGCGACCACGCAGUCCUCCAAGUCACGUCACCGUCCGGUGCCCAAAGAUGAAGGCGACACUGCCAGCCUAGGAAAAGGAAAUGCCGGCACAAGCCGCGAGCAGAUAAAAUCGGACAUUGAUGACAUCAUUGCUUCUGAGUGCGUGUACUGUGGCGAACUGAUGAUCAAAUCCAUUGAUAAGCCUUUCAUUGAUCCACAGAAGUUUGAGGAGGAGAAAUCAAGCUGGCUAUGAGUGAGGCGUCGUUCUAGCUCAGUGUAAAAACUGACAUGGGACAGGCCUCAUCUGUAUAUCAAUAAAGUCACAUAAUCCACAAGACAAACCCAUUUUGUGAAUGCAAUGGUUUAGUUGUUCCUGUUGCUACAAACUCUGCCAGCUUGAACUGAUCUUUUAAAAAGAAACUUAUUCUUUGUAUGUGAAAAUCCACUCCAAGGACCUUUACAGUUAUGGGAAUGUGCAGGAAUGAAAAGCUACACGAUGAGGUAGCAUAAAAUGUGCCUGAACCAAUGUUUUUAAUAAUACAAAUAGAGUUAGUUAUGAUUGCUCUAUACACCUAUUAACUACAUUUAUUCUGGUGAAAACAGUGUACAUCCAUUUACAAGAUUUCUGUAGUGUGCUUAAUGUGGAGAGAAAUGACAAACUGUGAUUUAAUAUAUUCACUGUUUUGCAAUUAAUUUGUUGCACAUUAAAGUUUCUGUGUACUCUGGAA